UGUAGAGUAACUCAUGUUUUUGUCCAUUUCAGGUUUCAGGACAGAUGCAAAAGAAAUGGCAAGUGAAAACCACAGUGGUCUGCAAGCGGACCCCACAGUUAUCGUCCAGGGGAGUACAGCCAACAAGGGGCAGCCAUCAUCACCAAAGUCUGUCAAACCAGUGGUACAAGAUUUAUCAGAUGAGCUGGUUCAGGCAGGAUGGUCAAAGUGUUGGAGUAGAAGAGAAAACAGGCCAUAUUACUUCAACAAGUUCACCAACCAGUCGCUUUGGGAAAUGCCUGUAUUUGGACAGCAUGAUGUAAUUUCUGAUCCUCUUGGCUUAAAUGCAACUUUGGAGUCAGGUGAAGGAGAUUCAGCAACUGACAGUGGACAAAGGAAGCGACGGCAUUCUGAUGAUACUCAGCAGCAGUCAGCAAACAGCUUUAAAAAACCACGAAUAGACACACCAUUGACCCCCACAACUCUGAUAGUUCCCAUUUCUCCUAUCGCCACCGCCACCGCCACUCCCAGCACACCUGCCUCCCGAACAAGCCGAAUUAAUUCAGCUGAUGAGAAACAACAGCUAGCACCAACAUCAGCACAAGCAUCGGCAACAGCAGCAUCCUGCUCAUUGACUUCACCACCUAUGCCUACUCCUGCACCUGCACCUGCACCCGCACCUGCACCUGCACCUGCACCUGCACCUGCACCCAUCCGUCCUACAGCUGUGUACUGGGAUCUUGAUAUUCCAACUAAUGCAGUGAUAAAGGAGCGUCCUCCAAUUGAGAUGCUUCCGCCACACCCAGAUGUGGAGAUAUUACGUGCACAGCUGACAGUGAAACUGAGGCAACACUACCAGGAGCUGUGCCAGCAAAGAGAAGGGAUUGAGCCACCUCGUGACUCUUUUAAUCGCUGGCUUCUGGAGCGCAAGGCCAUCGAUAAAGGCAAGGACCCGCUGCUGCCCAGUGACUGUGAUCCUGUUGUCUCUCCCUCCAUGUUUCGUGAAGUGAUGAAUGACAUUCCUAUCAGGUUGUCUCGCAUUAAGUACAGGGAGGAAGCCCGGAGACUGCUUUUCAAAUAUGCUGAGUCUGCAAAACGGAUGAUUGAAUCCAGAAAUGCUACCCCAGAUGUCAGGAAAACUGUGAAGUGGAAUGUUGAAGAUACUUUCAACUGGCUACGAAAAGAACCAUCUGCCACAAAGGAAGACUAUAUGGAGAGACUUGAGCACUUGCGGAAACAGUGUGGGCCCCAUGUAGCAGCAGUGGCAAAAGAUUCUGUGGAAGCAAUCUGUGGGAAGAUCUAUUACAUAUCUGGUGAAUACGUGAAGCGGGUCCGUGAGAAGCAUUUACAAUUACUCAAAGAGUGCAAUAUAUCAGAAGAGGUAGAGAGGCCGGAGGUAAUGGACAGACUGGUGUACUGCUACCCUUUGAGACUGGCAUUCCCUGCAAUCCCACUCCCACGUGCUGAUUUGCACUUUGAGAAUGAAGUUGCCUGUAUACGAUAUAAAGGAGAAGUUAGAAAAAUCAGCCGGAACUACUUGAGUAAACUGGAACAGCUCUAUAAGUACAGUUGUAUUGAUGAUGUGCGAUUUGAUAAGUUCUUGACAAGAGUCUGGUGCUUACUCAGGCGGUACCAGUCAAUGUUUGGUGUUGGGACGCAUGAAGGCACUGGCUUUCAGGGGGCUCUACCAGUAGCUGUGUUCGAAGCUCUGAACAAACAAUUUGGCGUAACGUUUGAGUGUUUUGCCUCACCACUGAACUGUUAUUUCAGACAGUACUGCUCUGCAUUUCCUGACACUGAUGGUUACUUUGGAUCCAGGGGCUCAUUCUUGACUUUCUCACCGGUCAGCGGCUCCUUUGAAGCAAACCCUCCGUUUGGUGAAGAGCUGAUGGACUCUAUGGUCACACACAUGGAGGAACUAUUGGGAAAUUCAAGCGAGCCACUUUCAUUCAUAGUGUUCAUCCCUGAAUGGAGGAAUCCUCCAACACCAGCUCUGGUCCGAAUGGAGGGGAGCAAGUUUAAACGGCAUCAAAUCAUAGUGCCAGCCUAUGAGCAUGAGUACAGGAGUGGGUCACAGCACAUCUGCAAAAAGGAGGAUAUCUACUAUAAAGCUGUGCAUUCUACAGCUCUCAUCUUCCUGCAGAAUGAUGCUGGCUUUACAAAAUGGGAGCCCAUGCCUGAUCGGGUCCAGCAACUGAUGGCAGCCUUCAAAUUGACAGGAAAGUCGUCUUCAUCCUCCUCCUCAUCCUCGUCAUCCUCAUUGUCAACUGGUGAGAAAGACCAGGAACAGGGUCGGGACCAAAGCAGCAACACUGUGCGUCACUGAACUGAGACUAAAUGUGUUUGCAAGUUAGAGGUCGCACAGAGCAGUUAGUACUGUGUGUGAUUUUAAACAGGUGGACUCGAUACAAGCUGCAAACCAUUGUUGUCACCAGCAAGAAAAUGUAUAUAAUGUACAGUGUCUUUCAAAACAGACUCAGAGUUCUGGGUUCUUAAUGUUUCUGUUUGUUGUUUUUCUUUUACUGAAGUGUUUAGGGGAGAGAAGCAGAAUAUGUCUGUAAUAUAUUCUAUGGAAACAUUUCGUAACAGAAUACCAUGUCAGUUUUAUCAGCUUUCUUAUUUUUUUGAGAUUAUGCAAUUCUGCCUAAUAUUUUUUUAAACUUUGCGAAUAGUGGCUGCAGACAUUUUCCAUUUUAACACAGGAAUUUCUUUUCAAUGCAAAGAAUUAAGUGUAAGUGUACAAACUGAAGGAUAGGAAUUGAUUGGUGUAAGAAGUGUUGCUUCUUAUUGACCUGUGUAGACUGUAUCUCCGAAUUGUUCAAAGGAGCUUCACUCACUGAACAUUUGAAUGUACAGCAUCCAGUGCAGCCCUUGCAUUUAACCCUUCUCUGGCACAAGGGUGUUAGAUGACCUCCUGAAAGGAAAUAUUGCAUGUUACAGGAAAAGAACAGGGAGAUGGAAUAACAGAGAUGAGCUCUCUGUGGAGAAUAGGGGGCAUGGGCUCCUUCUGAGCUGUCUUCAGUCAGGUUUGGGAUUUGUUCAGCACCCAGAUUCUUGUCUAUGUGGUUAGCUUCAUUGAUGAUUUCAAUAAUAAGGUCUGUUAACUGUGCAGCAAACUGUGCAGCAUUUGCGUGGGCUAAAUGAAAUCCCUCUGCCAGCAAUGAACUUUCAGUGAUCAUUACAGAAUAACUAGGAUUCAGUACUGUUCUCAGCCAGGCCAGCCGGAAAAGUGUUAAAUAUAUGGUUGAUUCACUUGGGAAGUAUAGCUCAAUAAGUUGCCCUGUGAUAAAGGAAAUGAGAGUGUACUUACACCUGCAAGGAUUGAUUUCCAGGAGUUUGGGUUUUUGAUUUUUGCCACGCCGACAGACUGCGAAGAGAAACUGUUGUCAAAAUGAUCGUGCAGCACUGAUUGCUCACAGUGCUCAGUUCAGGAGGCACCUCUUGAUGGGGUCAGCUGGGCUCAGAAUUGUGAGUAAUGGUUCAGUGUUGUGCUGCAGACUGAGCACCGAGCUCUUGCUGUCAGACAUGGAGAUCUGGCUUAUCUGGGCAAGGCUGUCAUCCAAGCAACUUCUUGACCGUUUUAUCAAUUCACAACAUCACGUUGAGAUUAUUUCUAACUUACAGAGUCCACAGAACCUCAUAGGUUUGAUAAGCAGCUUCUUAUUACAAAGCUUUCAAACAGCAACUGUGCAAAGUGAAGAUCUGAGUGUGCUUGUAGUUAAUGUUUGUUAAUGUAUCUGCCAAAAGGGAUUGUCAGACUUGAUGAUGAGGAGUUGACUGUGCUGCAAUGAAAUUCUUUAAAAGAAUACUAUAUACACAAAAUGCUGGAAAUGCUCAGCAGUUCGGGCAGCAUUUGUUGAGAGAGAAGUAGAGUUAAUGUUUCAGGUCUGUAGCCCUUUGACAGAACUGGAAAAUGUAUGAACCAAUGAAGGGUCAUAUACCUGAAAUAUUAACUCUGUUCCUUUCCCCAUAGAUGCUGCUUAUUUGCCAUUUUUUUUUCACAUAUCCAGCAUUCACAGUAUUUUGUGUUGGCUUUAUAGUAUCAUUCAUGACUAAGUUAUGGAAUAUAAUUUUCAAUGCCAACACGCAUCCAAUCUGUUAGUGUAAAUUGUGGUUCACUAUAACUUUAUUGUAGAAUUGCCAUUGUUUUGCGUGAGAUUAUCUUGUCACCCUAUCGCUCUUGUUCCAUCAACCAUUAGUUCAUUCACUGUCCUAUAACCAUACAAAGAAACACUUUGGUUAAUUUGUAUUCUAUUGUAAUUUGUAUUUAUGAGAUAACAACCAUGUAUUCCUCAGAACGUAGUUUAGGGUUUUGAUAACAAACUCCAUCAGUCAGGGUCUGAAGUGUGGGACACCCUUAAAAUCAUUUGUACCCUACAGUUACACUCGGUCUAAACAGAGACCCAAUCUUCAUUCAUUCUGCUGGUGCCCUGCCUGAAGUGGCUAUGGUUUCAUGUUUCCUGUUCAGUGUAAAGAUGAAAAUUCCCAAAGAUAGAGAUAGUUCUCUUUCUGACUCUAUGGACUGGAGUUUACACUCCCCUACAGUAGCUCUAAAGGAGGAGGGCCUCCUUAAACCCAGCAGGUACCUUCCCACCAAUUACCCACUCACUCACCCCCCUGUCUGAAAUCUUUAUGCAGGGUCUCCACCAAUCCUUGGGCCCGUUGAGAUGUUUGAUUGUGUCCAAUAGCUGCACAAGGGCCCUAUUCUCACCCUCACACUGGUUAUUCCACCAUUAGCCAAUUAACAUGUGUCCCAAUGUUUGAGAACAUUACAGCAAUCAUAGCUUUCCUUAAAACCCAACCUGUAUGUGUAUAUAUAUAUAUAUAUAUAUGUAUCUAAACACACACAUUAUAACCCAGAAAACCUUCUCGAACCACAUUGUUUGCUUUCUUUCUAAUGUUUUAAAAGUUUUCUUUCCAAUCUAUUGUCUCAUAAGUUUGUUUAUCUUUUUCUAAGAGUUAUCUCUUUCAGUGAUGUCAGUGACUUAUGCUACAACCAGUGCAUUGAGUUCUGUUCAAAGGGCUUCUUGUACUCACCAUUCAAACCUAUCUUGUCUUUAUCUAGUUUCCUGCAGAUCACUUCUGGUUACUGACACAUCACAGCAGCUGAAUCACUUUGUUUGCUUCCUCAUGUCUCUAACAGAUUCCAACUCUUACCUUUGAUAUCUCAAUAGGUUGAUGUCUUAGGUCUCACUGUGUCCUCAAAUGUGAGUUUCCAUUAUUGAACUUGCACCAGGAUACCCACUUCAUCGUCAGAAAUUCCAAUAAUUUUAAAUUCCAAAUCCAUCCAUAAAUUUCAUCUCAACUAAUUCUCUAACAGUGGCCCCUCGUUUUUGACUCCCCAAACAGGAGCAACCUUCUUUCAGCAAUUAUCCUCUCAAGCUCUUUAAGAAUUAUGUUUCAAUGUGAUCAUCUUUUCUGAUAAACUCCUCAGAAUUAAGUCCCUAUCUAUAAAUCUUUCCUCAUAGGAAACCUCAACUCCAGAAUCAGUAUCGUAACGAUUACAUUGUCUCCAAGGAGACCCCCAAGUACACAGUGGUCUCGUGUAAUUGCAGUAAGUCUUCUUCGCAUUAACAGUCCAAUUCAUUUGUAUUAAGGGAUAACAUACCAUUUACAAUCCAAAUUUCUUGCUGUGUUUACCUAUUGACGUUCAGUAAUUCAUGUAUAUGUCCAUCUAAAUACCAACAUGUCCUGGUCCUCUCUAUCCAAACUAAGUGAAAAGGUAAUCGUUAUGUGCCCCGUCUCAGUCUAUGUUCAGUGAUAUCACUUUGUAACUUAUCCGUCAUAUGUUUUCAGGUUCCUGCUUCUCUCACUGAGUUCAGGUCUUUGCUCUUUCCCCUGUGUUCUUGAGUCCACUGCUAUCAAUGUAUUCUUGAGUCUUUACUGUUCUCACUGAGUUCGCAUGUCUCCACUGCUGUCAGUGGUCUUGAGUUUCCAUUGUUCUCGUAUUUUCUAGUUUCCACUGCUUUCAUUCUGUUUUUAUGUCUUCUAUUUCUGUUGUGCUCUCAGGGCUGCCUUCUUCUUGCUGCUUUCUUACAACUGCUCUCACUGUGCUUCAAGUCUCUGCUGCCCUCACUGUAUUAUUGAAUUACCACUGCUCUUACUAUGUUCUCAAGUGUUCUUAGUACAACUCGCACUGUAUCCUUGAGUUUCCACUUUUUAUCCUGUGUUUUCACUAUUACUCUUGUUCUCAAGUCUUCUUCCACACUAUGAUGUUCGAGUCUCUUCUGCUCUCACUAUUCUCAGCUCUCCAAUAUUCUUAUUGUUUUUGAGAGUCUCUGCUGCUCCCAAUGUGGUCCUGAGUUUCCACUCUCUCACUGUCACUAAGUCUUCACACUCUUACUGUUCCUGAGUCUCUAUUGUUCUCACUGUUCUUGGGUCUCCAUUGUUCUCACUGGCUUCUAGAGUGUCCCUGAACUUCAAGCUUCACUCUUUUCACUGUGUUCUAAUUCUCACUGGAGUCAGUCUGUUCUUAAUGCUGUCACUGCAUUCUCAGUUCUCAAUGCUCCUCACAGUCUCCUUUCAUUGUGUUCUGAAAUGUCACUGUGUUCUGAAGUUUCCUCUGCAACUACUCAGUUUUAGAGUCUCUCCCAGCCUUGCUGUGUUCUCUUUGGUUUCCUGACUCUGUUUUUGGUCUUUUCUGGUCUUUUUUAUGCUCACUGUUAACUUUCUGUGAUACCUCUACAAGUCCAUUUCUUCACCUGAAUGCAAGACUUUAUCAGCAUCUCAUCAUUCAGUGAAGACUGCAUUUUUCAAUUGUCUUUCCAAACUUGACAAUGUCACAUUAUACUCCAUCUGCCAUGCUUUUAUCCAAUCAUCCAACCUGUCUAUCUCAUUGCAGCUUACUUUUCCACCUAACUUUAUCUUGUCAGCAAUCCCUGACUCUCUCUAUCUUCUGCCCCUGACUGGUUUGGCUCAGAAUGUGAGGGUGUUUGGAUAAUUGUAGAUUCUUUCUUGGAUUGUUGAUGAGUGACAUUGUCUGCUUACCAAGAUCUUCACUGUGUGCAGAUGCUGUUGGGUUUUGUCUUCAAAUUCUUUCAAGUUUUAUGUGAAGUUCCAAAAGGGAUACAGCCUCCAGAGCAUUUCUGAAGUUGUAAUGGCUACAACCUUGCACUGACGGCAUAUAUCUCAAUGUUUUUGUAUAUCUCGGAAUCACACUUAUUACUGAGCACGCAUCGAAAUAGAGAUAGUGCAGACCUGAGGCUGAACUGAGCCUGUGCAGUCAUGUUUUGCCUAACUCUGAGGUUGGACGUGGUGAUUGGGAUUGCGCAGUCCUGCACUGUGGUAGUGUGUACAGAAUAAUCAGGAUCUCCAAAUUCUGGAGUGAGGCAGUGAUUGGGAUCUCCCAGUCCUGGAGUGAAGCAGAGAUUGGGAUCUCCCAGUCCUGGAGUGAAGCAGUGACGGGAAUCUCCCAUUCCUGGAGUGAGGCAGUGAUUGGGAUCUCCCAAUCCUGGAGUGAGACAGUGAUUGGGAUCUCCCAGUCCUGGAGUGAAGCAGUGACGGGAAUCUCCCAUUCCUGGAGUGAGACAGUGAUUGGAAUCUCCCAAUCCUGGAGUGAGACAGUGAUUGGAAUCUCCCAGUCCUGGAGUGAGACAGUGAUUGGGAUCUCCCAAUCCUGGAGUGAGACAGUGAUUAGGAAUCUCCCAAUCCUGGAGUGAGACAGUGAUGGGAAUCUCCCAGUCCUGGAGUGAGACAGUGAUUGGAAUCUCCCAAUCCUGGAGUGAGACAGUGAUUGGAAUCUCCCAAUCCUGGAGUGACUCAGUGAUUGGGAUCUCCCAGUCCUGGAGUGAAGCAGUGAUUGGGAUCUCCCAAUCCUGGAGUCAGGCAGUGAUUGGGAAUCUCCCAAUCCUGGAGUGAGGCAGUGAUUGGGAUCUCCCAGUCCUGGAGUGAGGCAAUGAUUGGGAUCUCCCAAUCCUGGAAUGAGGCAGUGAUUGGGAAAUCCCAAUCCUGGAGUGAUGCAGUGAUUGGGAAUCUCCCAAUCCUGGAGUGAAGCAGUGACGCGAAUCUCCCAGUCCUGGAGUGAGGCAGUGAUUGGGAAUCUCCCAAUCUUGGAGUGAGGCAGUGAUUGGGAUCUCCCAAUCCUGGAGUCAGGCAGUGAUUGGGAAUCUCCCAAUCCUGGAGUGAGACAGUGAUUGGGAAUCUCCCAUUCCUGGAGUGAGGCAGUGAUUGGGAAUCUCCCAAUCCUGGAGUGAGACAGUGAUUGGGAAUCUCCCAUUCCUGGAGUGAAGCAGUGACGGGAAUCUCCCAGUCCUGGAGUGAGACAGUGAUUGGGAGUCUCCCAAUCCUGGAGUGAGGCAGUGACGGGAAUCUCCCAGUCCUGGAGUGACGCAGUGAUGGGAAUCUCCCAAUCCUGGAGUGAGGCAGUGAUUGGGAGUCUCCCAGUCCUGGAGUGAAGCAGUGACGGGAAUCUCCCAGUCCUGGAGUGAGACAGUGAUUGGGAGUCUCCCAGUCCUGGAGUGAGGCAGUGAUUGGAAUCUCCCAUUCCUGGAGUGAGACAGUGAUUGGAAUCUCCCAAUCCUGGAGUGAGGCAGUGAUUGGGAAUCUCCCAGUCCUGGAGUGAGGCAGUGAUUGGAAUCUCCCAUUCCUGGAGUGAGACAGUGAUUGGUCGUCUCCCAGUCCUGUAGUGAGACAGUGAUUGGGAGUCUCCCAAUCCUGGAGUGUGGCAGUGAUUGGGAGUCUCCCAGUCCUGGAGUGAGGCAGUGAUUGGGAAUCUCCCAGUCCUGGAGUGAAGCAGUGACGGGAAUCUCCCAGUCCUGGAGUGACGCAGUGAUUGGGAGUCUCCCAGUCCUGGAGUGACGCAGUGAUGGGAAUCUCCCAAUCCUGGAGUGACGGAGUGAUUGGGAAUCUCCCAGUCCUGGAGUGAAGCAGUGACGGGAAUCUCCCAGUCCUGGAGUGAGACAGUGAUUGGGAAUGUCCCAAUCCUGGAGUGAGGCAGUGAUGGGAAUCCCCUAGCCCUGGAGUUCGAUAAUGACCAGGAAAAUCCACUCUAGGAGUGAGGCAGUGUCUACAGAGUGUUCAGGAUCUCCCAGUCCUGGAGUGAGGUAGUAUCACAGCAGUAAUACCCAACACUAACUCUAUGCUUCUGAAUCCCAACUUAAUUGCAUGUGGUCAGACUGUGUGGGAUUGUAGUGGUCAGAUAGUGAAAGACUCAGUUCAACCAUGGCCUCUCCUCACCUGUUUUACCUGUAGUGUUUAUUUUUGUAUUUAUUUUGUUACUCUUUUUAAAUUGUAUUUUAAGAAGUACAGAUUUAAGUAUAUGUGCUGCCUAACUGGUAAAUAGAUUGAUGGUGCUUUGUGGUCAGAUUUGGGAUCAUACUGAAAUAUUGUCACACAGUGCAAUCCUGGCAGUACACCAGGCCUCUUGUUUUCUAUUAACACUAGUGAAUGUCAUGUGAACCCACAUCUAAUUGAUCUACUUUGUAAAGUCAUGUCCAAUGAUCCAGUUUUUCUAAGUAACACAUACAGAUCAGAUUCCCAUGUUGGUUUCAAGCUCUUUACUUAUGGAAGGAAAAUUUCAAGACCGGAAUUAAAAAUGUACUGAGAUUAGAA